AGAAGUCCAGUUGCGGCGCAUGGCUCCAGACCUCACCAGUUAGCCACGAGCGUUACCACGAGAAGGAGUGCUGCACCUGACGAAGAGCACACAUACACACGUACUCACACACGCCCACGCAUACACCAACCCGUUCCUAUUCACACACGCGAACGGACAGUAUACUCAGCCGUGUUACUUUGGUCUCCAGCGGUAUGAGGGCCCAGCUGCUGGUCGUGGUGGUGGUGGUGGUGGUGUCUGCAGGAGGCGCCGAAGGAGGAACGUGCCCCAAAUACCCGAUUAUUAGAGACUUUGACUUCCAGAGGUACAUGGGGCUCUGGUACCAGCAGGACAAGAAGCAGGCGUCGUGGGAGGCUCCGGGCAGGUGCUGGAGAAGUCUUUACUCUCGUGAUCGCAAAAAUGGACAGUUUAAAAUGAAAAUGAUCUUUGAGUCUACCCUGACAAACCGCGUGGAAAGGUACGACUCCCAGCUCACACUCCAGGGGCCCUCCAAGCCUUCCCUCAUCAAGUAUUCCAUCCCUCUCACCUUCAUGGAGGACGAGUUUCAGGUUCUGGCCACGGACUAUGACACUUUCGCUCUUGAGUACAAGUGUGACCCCAAUGGCAUCCUGGAAAAGCAAGAAUCUAUUUGGCUACUGACGAGGGAGAAGACGCCGUCCCCACUUGUUCUCCAACGUGCAUACGCCAUCCUCCACCACCUGGGCAUCGACAUACGCAAGCUGGAGCGCGUGGACCAGACCUGCGGGGGCAUUGACAUCGUUCCCUUGGGCCAAGGUGCCUCCUCCCCAGCCUACACCGACUACGAUUACUACGACAGCAACGCAGCGCCCGUGGCUCCUCCCGCCGGCCAACCCUCGCCCUCAGACCUCAGGAGACAGCACCAGGCCGGUUUUUACCACCAGUAUGACUACGACUACGAGUACACGGACAGCCGCACCCAACAGCAGCAACAGCACGCGGCGGCAGCGGGACACCUGGCACCGGCGGAGAGUCAGCAGCACCAGCAGGGCCACCCAGACCAGCAUCCUGCUAACUUCUUUGCAGUGUCAUAUCCGCCCCAACUCUCAGACACCCAGAACCACCGCCGCUACCGUCCCUACAGUGUGCGUGUGUUUUAACAGGAAGCAGGUGGGUGCGCGCAGGCACGGUGGCAACGGGGACGAAAGACUUACCCUGGGCCAAUCCCUCGCCACCAGACUCUGGCACGUCCUCCACACCCCAAUCAAGAAGUGAGCGCCACCUUCUAUCACCAUCACCACCACUACAACGAUAAUGCGAAGGCCCAACCUCCUUCACUACCAUCACCAAUACUAUAACCAGACAAGCCCGCAUACAAGAACACUUCACUCCCUCAUCGCGACUGUUUUCAAAGGCCACAGAGAUGAUUAGCAGUUUUCACGUGUUUCUCUUAUUGAUAAUAUAGAAUUUUUGUUAAUAUGUCACUUGAACCUUGCAAACACCCUUAGAAAAUAGUAAAGUAUCAACUAGAGCCUCUUGAAAUAACGGAGGUACAGCGCAGUGUUUCAGAAUA